AUGGUUCAUUUAACUAUCAACCCUUCACCUUUAUUUCAAAUUCGAUUAGAAGAUGAUACUCUUACUAUGCGUGGUACUAAUUCGGAAUCUGUAGGAUGUGUUCUUCGUGGUCAACUUGUUUUGUCUAUCACUGAACCUACUAAAAUUCGUGAAAUUAAAAUGAAUUUCCAAGGAAGAUCUAAAAUUGCUUGGACUGAAGGAACUGGUGCCGAACAAUAUUAUCGUUCAGAAGAAAGAAUAUUAUUUCAACAUGAUUGGAUAUUCCUUCCCGCAAAAAAGAAUUAUCACAUUCUUCAACCUAAUAAUUAUCAAUGGGACUUUGAAUUGGUCAUUCCAGGAGUUUUACCCGAAUCAAUUGAAGGUUGUGAAUUCGGAAAUGUUAAUUAUCGAUUAAAAGCUGUAGCGAAAAGAUCAAAAUUAUCCUUUAAUUUAAAUACUCAACGAAAAAUUAAUAUACAAAGAUGUUUAUCAUCUU